CACCGAAAAAAAACCGAAAACCGAGCCCGAAAAGCCCUUCGUACCAUCACUAUAAUUCUCGGUGCGUUCAUCAUCUGCUGGACACCCUGGCACAUCCUCUCAAUGACCAUGGGUUUCUGCAGUGAGUGCGUGCCGUCGUACCUCUAUGAUAUUUCAUAUGGACUUUGCUACCUCAACAGCCCCCUCAACCCCUUCUGCUACGCAUUCGUUAACCAGCAGUUCAAGCAGGCAUUUCUUAGGAUUAUAAAGCUGGAUUGGCACAGG